AUGUACGACGACGGUGAGCGACACACACGCAUACCUAACACCCACGUACACACGCGGCGCCCUGGAGCUGCAGCGCGACGCGCGCCUGCUGUCGCGACGCGCGCCUGCUGUGUGAGCGCGCCGACGCGCUGCUCGGCCUCGACAUGUACGACGACGGUGAGCGACACACACGCAUACCUAACACCCACGUACACACGCGGCGCCCUGGAGCUGCAGCGCGACGCGCGCCUGCUGUGUGAGCGCGCCGACGCGCUGCUCGGCCUCGACAUGUACGACGACGCCAUCCAGGCGUUCAAAGAGGCGCUGGAGAUAGACGAAGGUCUGCAGCGGGCCAAGGAUGGACUGAACCGAGCGCAGAAGUUGCAGAAACAGUCAGAACAGAGGGAUUACUAUAAGAUAUUAGGAGUUAAACGGUCCGCCAGCAAGCAGGAGAUCACGAAGGCCUACCGCAAGGCGGCCCAGAAGUGGCACCCUGACAACUUCCAAGGGGACGAGAAAAAGGUCGCCGAGAAGAAGUUCAUCGACAUCGCGGCGGCUAAGGAGGUACUGACGGACCCCGAGAAGCGAGCGCAGUUCGACGCCGGCAACGACCCCCUGGACCCCGAGGCGCAGCGGGGUGGUCAAGGGGGUCCCUUCCACAACCCCUUCCACCACUUCCAGCACGGUAGCCCCUUCCAAUUCAAGUUCCACUUCAACUAG